AUGGCUCCUUCAAAAGUGCCCGACGACGCACCCCCGUACAUCACCACCAACCACCCUCCGAGGUCUCGAACGACGGCUACAUCAUCAACGGUCGGCAAGACAGCAACUUCCUCUUCUUCACGGCGACACAAGUCUACAAAGAGUUACGAUGCUGAACUCCUCGAGGUACUGCAGGAAUUUCGCAAAGCUAAAGCUCGAAGACCGAGCCUACCGCAAGGAGUCCUCGCUUCUAGCCUCGCGGAGAGCGGAGGUAUUGGUCUUUCAGGGAUCUCAACCUCCACGGUCUCCCGUUCCCUUUCCUCCGGCAAAUCUACGGGUGGUGAACGCCAUGCCUCCUCAACCUCGUCGUCCUCACAUCACCGCAGUCGCUCGCGCAGUCGCACUCGAUCGACAGAGUCCCCUUCCACCAUGCUUCUCUCCAUAACGACCGAACGACUCGAACAGGAACGUGCACGCGCCAGUUCUGCAGAACGGCAGUGCGCGGAACUCAUGUCCAAAAUCAAAACUCUUCAUGAAGCCCAGCUGCAGUCCCAGCGAGAACUUGACACCGUUCGGCAAGAACUAAACCUAUACAAGAUCCAGUUGGAACUGGCGCAGAAAGAGAUCCUACGAGCCCAGGAAAUCGUCAACGAGGUGGAUCAACAGCGAGUCAGCGCAGAACAAGAAGCGUCGAGAAACCGUGAAAAGGUCCGCCGUCUCAUGGAGGAACGUAUUCUCGCCGAAGCACUCGAGGAAGGCCGACGAGCAGGUUAUCGUGAAGGAUUGCGAGAGGGCAAGUCGAUAGCAUUGGCUCAACUUCGAGCUCAAGAGGCCCUCGCGCAGUCAGAAGCUGAAGAGGAGGAAGAGCGUAGACGUCAGCGACGCCCUAGACGCAACACGAUGGAGAACCCCAGUAGGGAGAGGAAGAGGUCUGAGAGCGUAGCUCGACCUUCGACUUCGCAGGGUGGGCCGCAGGCUACGAGAGGUGGUACACAUCGACACGCUUCUCCGCCACCGCCGGGGCGUUACCCAAGUCGAAGCAAGACACCUGUUGCCGGUCCAUCUCGAGUCGCACCCAUCCGGGAACGUUCGGACACACCUCCACUCCCCUCAAGCUACGCAGACACGGGUCAUUUCCGAUCUCAACUGCCAGCUGCAACAAUUACCACUCCGGUCCCAGUCCUCGUUCCUUCCACGCAGACCCAACCUCCCGAACGCGUCCCGGAAUCCAUCGAGAUCCUGCCCGCCAGUUCCCACUCCAACGGCCACGGAAACAUGCAAGCGUAUACCCCAAGAGCCAACCGUUCCGAUGUACACCUUCCACCUGAUGGUUACAUCCCCACUUUGAACCCAGCGGACAACUCGAUCUCGCUCCCUCCGCCUCACGAGCUGAGUAUGCCAAUGGUGCCGAUCGCGCGGGAAGGGGAUCAGACGAACGGACAUGAGACUGUUUCGAGCAAGGUUAAGGGGAAGACGCCCAUCCGCGGAGGCGGUCUUGGAGGUGGGCAUAGUGGCGGGGCGGGCGCGAGUACGAGCACGGUCCCUCCUGGCCGUUCCCUCCGAGACCGCGACGCUCUGGCCGUUUCGAAUGGUCCUACCGACAAUCAUCAUCGUUCCGCACCCCAGUCCCAUCAAUACCAUCCCCAUCAACCCUCGAGCACAGGUCUAGGCGCCAAACACGAAACUACUACCACUAACGCUGGUGACGUCGACUACUUCUCGGGAUAUCAUCGUGAUGAAGGCCGGUCGGAGGGAUCGUUUUUUGCAGGGAUGUCGUCGGGGUACACUGGGUACGGGAUGGGGAUGUACAGUUCGACACCGCGCAAUAGGAGGAACCGUGCUGCGUCUGUCACGUCCUACGGUGCAUCAACGCGGAUAUCCCAAUUUGACUUGGUCGCACCUCCAUCACCAUCUGAACCUAACCAUGCACCGUCGGCACGGUACGGCCUCGGUCACGGUGUCGGUGGGCCUGGCGUCGGUGCUGUUGAUGGCGCUCGAGAGGGUGAUGAUCCAGAUCAAAGUUUUGGUUGGGACUUUAUGAAUCACAAUCAACGCAAAGCUCAACGCGAUGCUCAGGGACAACCACCACCCCAGUCAGCGUUUAGUAAUAGUGACGCCAACAAUGCGACCAACGCAAUGAACCAUCGGCGCCAACCGGUAAUCCCUCGAACACCGGAGACACCUACACCGGCGCCAAGAACGAGACCGAGGGCUCAGACGCAGCCUCAGGAGAUGGCAGCGUAUUGGAGGUCGAAGAACUCAGAUAUCGGAUCUGGUAGUGGAACUAGGGCUGGCGGUGAAACAGAAACUGCGGCUGCGAGCUCGAGGAAUGGAUCUAUGUCGGGUUCGUCGAGAAACCGAACACGUGGUGGUUCGAUCUCUACCAGGCUGCAUACAUUGACAUCAAGUGACCGGGAUGGAGGUCCCAUCGAGCGCCCAAAGACAGUGGAACCACACCUGCAGCGGUCUUUAUCACCUCGGCCUGUCCUACAUCCAAACUCGGUCAAUGUGCCUGCGAAUCGCAAUGUUGAAUCCGAGAAGAACAAGGGUGCCCAUCCUGGGACGUACUUGGAAGUUGCUGCUCCCGACAGCGCCAACUUUCCGAAUGGGAACAAGCGCACUCACCAUCGUACCUUUACAUCUGGAACGACACCAGAGAUAGGUGUAGAACCCCCUUCGCGGAGCCCGACGAGUGUUUCUGACGGGACUGUUCUCGAUCCAGUCUUGCUUUCGCCAUCAGGGGCACCGGGGCCGUCCAAUUCUAGACCAAGCCACGACACUCAACAGCGCCAGCAGCCAACGUAUGUCGGGUACUACAUGGCACCCUCGCUCCCGCGUUUCGACUACACCAGCACAGGAAUCGACGUCAGACGUUCACCUUCGAAAGAUUCCAAUAACAGCAAUGUGUAUGACCGUGACAGUGACAGGCCCCCUGGAUAUGUCGUCCCACUCAGCCCUAUUCCUAGCCUGAGCCAAUUUAGAUUCGAUUCAGCUUUAGAUGCCGAGACGGGACCUACGGCGCCAAUCUACGGACGGCCGAACUUCGAAUCGUUCAGCGCCGCGGUUGGUACGAUUGCAUCACCGGGCGCUAAUCCAGCAACAAACCGACCCAAGGACGAGGAAUUGUUCGGAAAUAACAAGGGAUUUUUCUCCCCUGCGCCGCUGAAUCGACCAAUUUCAUUGUUCUCGGACACGUAA